AUGGCUGACUACCGAGACGAACGGGCGGGCUCUUUUGCCUCGUCUUCUACCGACGCUGCGACUUUGCACGAGCUGACCAAGUUGGACCCGAUGGAGGAUAACCUGCAGAAUCUCAAGUCGCGAGACGAAGAGGAGCUAGCUGCCGAGGACGAGAAGCUUCUGCCUGCCACGAAUGCGAAUGGGAAGGUGGAGCCUGAGAAGGCCCGUCUCACUUCGGCUAUUGUAUGGAUGACCGUUAACACACUGGCAACCAUCGGAAUCGUCUUCACGAACAAGGCCAUCUUCUCCGACCCGCAGUGGAAGCUCUGCCAGCUCACGUUUGCGAGCUUCCAUUUCCUCGUGACGUUUCUGACGCUACAUGUCCUCUCGCUGCCCACCUUUGCCUACUUCAUUCCGCGCCGCGCCGCCAUCAAAGACCUGCUGCCACUAUCCGUCGCCAUGUGCCUCAAUGUCAUCCUGCCGAACCUGUCGUUGGCGUUCUCUUCGGUAACGUUCUAUCAGAUUGCGCGUAUCCUACUGACGCCAACCGUCGCCCUGAUGAACUUCGUCCUAUACAAGGCAACUCUGCCUCGGAACGCCGUCAUGACUCUCAUCCCAGCCUGCUUCGGCGUCGGUAUGGUUUCCUACUACGACUCGCUGCCCACCAAGGACGACAACAUCAAGACCACCUCGACUCUGGGGGUAUUCUUUGCCUUUAGCGGCAUUUUCGCCUCUUCUCUCUACACCGUCUGGAUCGCUAGCUAUCACCGCAAGCUCCAGAUGUCCAGCAUGCAGCUGCUGUACAACCAGGCGCCUAUUGCCUCGUUCAUGCUGCUCUACGUCAUCCCCUUUGUCGACACUUUCCCCGACUGGGUUCACGUUCCUGGCAACCGCUGGAUCAUGAUUGGCAUGUCCGGUGUGUUUGCCUCGCUGAUCAACAUCUCCCAAUUCUUCAUCAUCGCCCAGACCGGACCCGUGUCCAGUACUGUGGUCGGCCAUCUCAAGACGUGCACCAUUGUCGCGCUUGGCUGGAUGGUCUCAGGAAGAGCCAUCGGGGACAAGUCGAUCCUCGGUGUCUUUAUUGCCAUUGGCGGCAUCAUUGGAUACUCGGUUGUCAUGCUCCAGCAUCAACGGAAACAGUCUAAGUAG